GAUGGGAACUCACGGCCAGCAGGAUUUGGACUUCUUAUCGAACCGAACCUGUUUGUUUCGCAUUUCUGCUGGAUUUGCGAUCAACACGUCCGGAUAGGGAUUUCUGUCGCACACCGACACGUUGUUCUGGACUCGAGAAGAACAAAAGAGAGUACAACAGAAAUAUAAACCGAUCUGCGUGAAGUAAGGGAGUCGCAUAAUCGCCGUGACUGCCGUUCUUUAACGUCAAAACACAGAGAAACUGCCGCAUCGAAACGCCCUUUGCGUGCGCAGCGUUCUGCACACGGAGCCUAUGGGAACAAGUGCCACAACAACAACAACAACAAAACUAGAUAUACAGUUCGGUGUCUGCUUCAAACCCGAGGCGUACAGGAGGUUAGAUGUAAAUCUGCACCAUCACAGAAACAUCCUCACUCAGAAAUGGCAGCAGUCAGGACCUUCUGCUGCACUUCUGCUGCUCCCUAAUAGAAAGCCUAUUGAGGCCCAAUCAGCAGGUCUGUUCCAGCCUUGGCUGCAAUUGUUCCAGCGGGCAUGGAUGCAUCCCCAUAUGAAGAAUGGAAAGAGGAAGGUGCAGAGACCGGGAAGACAGUGGAGCCCCUUCAGCCCCUGCAGAAGCCUUCAGCAUACGAGUCGCCUGCUCAACCAUGUGAGCUAUAGCAACGCCCUGGAUCCUUUAUCAGAACCCAGGAGACACAAAUCUUCGGUUCAGUAUGCUUCACGACCAGAUCUCCCAAAGCUGGCCUACAGAAGAGUGAAGGGAAAGAGCCCAGGUGUGGUUUUCCUCCCAGGUUAUGGCUCCAACAUGAAUGGACAGAAAGCUGAGGCGCUGGAAGAGUUCUGUAGGUCACUGGGACACUCAUACCUCAGGUUUGAUUACACAGGACAUGGAGCCUCAGGAGGUGUGCUAUCAGAAGGAACUAUUGGUACCUGGAAAAAAGAUGUCCUUUUUGUGUUGGAUGAGUUGGCAGAGGGGCCACAGAUACUGGUUGGUUCCAGUAUAGGUGGUUGGCUUAUGCUGCUGGCAGCCAUUGCCAGACCAGAGAAGACAGCUGCACUAGUGGGCAUCUCCACUGCCGCUGAUCAUGUUGUCACAGCGUUCAGCUCUCUUCCGCUGGAGACACGCAAGGAGUUUGAGGCCAAGGGGGAGUGGACUAUACCCACCAAAUACACGGAGGAGGGUGUUUACAAGUUUAGCAUGGACUUUUUGCGUGAGGCAGAAAAUCACUGUGUUCUCCAGAGUCCCAUCCCCAUCACCUGCCCCGUGCGGCUCAUUCAUGGGCUCAAAGACGAGGACGUCCCCUGGCACAUCUCCAUGCAGGUUGCAGAGCGUGUCCUCAGCUCCGACGUGGACGUCAUCCUCCGACGACAUGGCCAGCACCGCAUGUCUGACAAGGACGACAUCAAGCUUAUGGUCUACACCAUUGACGAUCUCAUCGACAAGCUGACCACUAUGGUCUGAGUAAGGAAUAGGGAAGUGAGCCCGAGAUGUUCCUAAGAUUAAAAGAUAAUGACUUUGUUAACUGGGAAGUCAACCCUCAAGGAUCUUACCAAACAACGGCAUGUUGCACCGCCAAAUAUGACCUUUUAUCCAUCUAUGUUUUUCAUCCCGUACUUCAUCAUGUCAACAUGUCGGAAAAUUGAAAACUAUAUUGUAAGGGAGCCCUCCUGCUAGCUGUUCCCUUGUAUCUUCAGGUUGCAUUUGUAUGUGCUCCAGGUUAUGGUAUCAAGUGUUACGUUUGGUAAGCCGUUCUUAGGUCUGCCAUUGCUGCUGUCUCUGCCGAUGUUCUUACUGUUUGGCUGUCUCUUCCCCUCCUUCCCUCCUCCAUCUUUACUUAGAAACACAGUUUUCCUGUGCCUUUUUAAUCACUUUUCACCCGUUUUGGCUAAUAAAACCUUUGCACACUAGAGU